GUUGUAUCCCCCCAAGCGCCGCCUUCGCAGCCGUUCCAGUGCGAGCAAUUUUGCCUCGCACGCGUUAUCCAGUUGUCUGCGAGAGUCUAUUUUCAUAUCAAGGAUGCGCUCGCUCGUCUCCGCGGCGUCCCUGGCCUGGGUGGCGGGUGGCUCCCGGCCCUCUUGGAGGGACGUUCCAUUGCCAGCGGCGCGGUACCACCCAGGCCACCCGCCGCUCCACGUGACGCGCCUGCACCGCUACGACCACGCCGGGCUGGCCGCCAUGCUCGAGGAGGAGGCGAGCUGGCGCGCCGGCGCGCAGGCCCCGGACCAGCGGCAGCCGGUCUCCUUCGUGCAGGUAUCCUCUGCAUCUUCCACGAACCCGUUCGUGCAGGUGUCGCCACGGCAGGCGGAGGCGCUGCAGCAGCAUCACAACUCCGUGCGCGAGCUCGGGUCUGGCAGGUCGUUCUUGAGGCGGUACCAUGCGCUGCAGCCCGCGGACAAGGUUCCGUUCGCGGCGACGGGCUUGAGCAGCUUAGAGAGUCAGUACGUAGGGCCCAUCGGCGUGGGGACGGUAGUAUCCCCGGCUGGCUGCGCAGAGACGGAGGGCCAGUCGUCCUUGAUCUAUUCCGGGCGUCCCUUCGAACGACCAAGGGGCUGAGGUCGAGGAUAAACGCAAGAACUGCCACGUUGAGGACCAGUCGCAGGUCUGGGUCGUGUUCGACACUGGGAGAGGCGCAACUCCACAUCGAGUUCGGCACCGGCAGGAUCGACGGCCCACAGGCGGUCGAGGACUUCCACGUCGGCCCUUUCACAGUUUACAACCAGACCUUCGGCAUGAUUCAGGUCCAGGACGGCAAGGUUUUCGAGGAGGUGCCCUUCGAGGGCAUCUUGGGGCUCGGAUUCCCGAGCAUGUCGGCCAAUGGUGUGACGCCCUUCUUUGACAACGUAGUGAAGCAGAAGACCCUUAGCAAGAGCGAGUUCUCCUUCUACUUCAGCCGGGAGUCGAAGGCAGGCAACGCCGUCUUUUGGGGCGGUGUGGACCCUGCCUUCUACUCAGAGCCCAUCGAGUACUUCCACGUGGACGACCCGUACUACUGGUCCGUCCCGCUGCUGUCUUUCAAGAUCGGCAACCAGACGAUGCUGGGCGAGGGGGCACCUGGCAACGGUGCGAUGCUGGAAG